AUGGUUCCCCCUCGAGAAUGGGAAAAUAUCCCCUACCCCUGCUCACUGAGCAUAGCUCUCUUCAGAAAAGUCCUCUUUACAAAGUUUCACAGCAACCUUAAACCCCUGAAGCUGACUAAGACCUUGCUCAAAGGGGAGAUGGGUUUGAGACUGAACCAGAAGGCGCUUACCACUUUCCCAGACGUGGUGCUCGUGCGGGUGCCCACACCCUCAGUGCAGUCAGACAGCGACAUCACCGUCCUGCGCCACCUGGAGAAGCUGGGCUGCCGCCUGGUCAACCGCCCACAGAGCAUUUUAAACUGUGUCAACAAGUUCUGGACUUUCCAAGAGCUGGCUGGACAUGGGGUUCCUAUGCCAGACACCUUCUCCUAUGGUGGGCAUGAUGACUUUUCCAAAAUGAUCGAUGAGGCUGAGCCCCUGGGCUACCCGGUCGUGGUGAAGAGCACACGAGGACACCGGGGAAAAGCUGUUUUUCUUGCAAGAGAUAAACAUCACCUCUCAGACAUCUGCCAUCUGAUCCGCCAUGAUGUGCCCUACCUGUUCCAGAAGUAUGUGAAGGAGUCACAUGGCAAAGACAUCCGGGUGGUGGUGGUCGGGGGCCGGGUGAUAGGCUCUAUGCUCCGCUGCUCCACAGACGGACGGAUGCAAAGCAACUGCUCUCUCGGCGGUGUGGGUGUCAUGUGCCCGCUGACAGAACAAGGCAAGCAGUUGGCUAUUCAGGUGUCCAACAUCCUGGGCAUGGACUUCUGUGGCAUUGAUCUCCUCAUCAUGGACGAUGGCUCCUUUGUGGUGUGUGAGGCAAACGCCAACGUCGGCUUCUUAGCCUUCGACCAGGCAUGCAAUUUAGAUGUGGGUGGCAUCAUCGCGGACUAUACCAUGUCCUUGCUGCCCCAUAGGCAGACUGGCAAGAUGGCUGUCCUCCCGGGACUGUCCAGUCCCAGGGAGAAGAAAGAGCCAGAUGGCUGCACUUCAGCUCAGGGAGUUGCAGAGAGCGUCUACGCCAUCAACAAUGGGUCUACCUCUAGUGAGAGUGAGCCUGAACUGGGAGAGAUCCGGGAUUCCUCAGUGAGCACAGCGGGGGCCCCGCCCCCCAUGCUGCCUGAACCUGGCUACAACAUUAACAACAGGAUUGCUUCAGAAUUAAAACUUAAGUGA